AUGCCGCCCAUAUACGUAAAAGGUGGUGUAUGGACAAACGUUGAGGAUGAAAUUUUGAAAGCUGCUGUUUCAAAAUAUGGAUUAAAUCAAUGGUCGAGGGUUGCAUCUUUACUUGCCAAAAAAUCUGCCAAACAAGCAAAAGCGAGGUGGAAUGAAUGGCUUAAUCCUAAUAUUGACAAAUCAGAAUGGACACGAGAGGAAGAUGAGAAAUUGUUGAGUUUGGCAAAGUUAUUACCGAAUCAAUGGAGAAGUAUCGCUCCUAUUAUAGGGCGCACAGCUACUCAUUGCGUUGAAAGGUAUCAAAACUUGUUAGAAGACACUAACGACGUAGGAAUUGAAGGUGAUGAAAAUGAUUUGAGAUUAUCAGGGCCAGGUAUUGAAUCGUUGCCUGCUACUGGUACGUCGCAUGUUGGUGAUUUGAAUAUAAACCCAGAAAGUAAGCCAGCCAAGCCUGACGAAGAAGAUAUGGAUGAUGAAGAAAAGGAAAUGUUGAGCGAAGCGAGGGCCAGAUUGGCAAAUACACAAGGUAAAAAGGCUAAGAGAAAAGCGCGAGAAAGAAUGUUGGAAGAGAGUAAGAGAAUUUCAUUGUUGCAAAAGAGAAGAGAAUUGAAAGCUGCUGGCAUGAAAGUGAGUUUAGAGUCAAAGAAUAAGAAACGAAGACAAGAGUUUGAUUAUAAUGCCGACAUACCGCAUGAACAUGAACCCCAAUCUGGUUUAUAUGAAGUUGACGAAGAAAAUGAAGCAAAUCGCCUUGAAAGGAUUAAAUUUGAGAGAGGAGUUGCUAAAGAAGGAAUACCGUUAAAAGAAGUAGAUGAAAAACAUAAGAAAAAAAAACAGGAAGCCAAGAAAUCUAAGGAUGAUGGUGCAAAACAAGCUCAGAUGAGUUUGGAGGCGGCAGCAGAAGUCUUUCAUGAGCGUGAACAAGAGAUACUAAAAAGGCGAAAAUUAGACUUGCCAGUCCCCGAAAAUUCCUUCGAUACUCAACCGACUACAGAGGAGCUAGGAUCAAACAAUAUUUCUGAUAUAACAACGAAAGAUUCUAUACAAGAAGGUAUAGAUGAUAGAAUUUUGAAAGCAACAAGAGAAUUAAAGAGAAAUCAAGCCACGAAAUCAAGUCUAUUAGCUGAAGAUAUACCUGAAAUAAAGAAAGAAACAUUAUCAAAAGAACUUCCGUCAUCUAAGCUCAAGUCUCAGUGGAAGAAGUCUGUAUUAAAUUUAUUAAAAGGCUAUUUUGCAAAGUUGCCAAAACCGCAUAAUGAUACUGGAAUCAUCUUACCGAGCUAUGAUCCCAAUGAGGAGCCAAUAGCGACGUCUAACGAAAUGUCUACUGACAGUCGAGUCGAUCAAGGUGAAAGACUAAGAAACCUAGAAAUUUUACGUCAAGUGGAUGAGGAAAAAGCAAAGCUCAGGCGAUCUCAAGCUGUACAGCGAGAACUACCCAUUCCUAAACCUUCCUCACUACAACAAAUCGAUACAUCUAAGUGUUCCAAAUUAGAUCUAUUAAUAUUUAAUGAAAUGCGAGCCUUGCUAAAUUCAGACUAUGCUAAGUAUGAGGAUCCAACAUUUAAGACUAGCUUAAUCGAUGAUUUAGAUGAGGAAUCUUUUGACGUAGUUAAUAAUGAAAUUUCACGAGAACUUAUGAAAACGGAAGCUGCCAAUAUUUCUCCAAAAUCAAGACAUCUCUCAAAAACGUUUGAAAUGGCCGAGCAAAUCAUUUCUAAAUUGCAUGAAUUGUCGUCCGAGUCCUCGUCUAUCGAAAAUUCCAUAUCUACAAACAUAAAUAUUUCAGCAUUCAACUACAGAGAAAACAAUGCAUUAAAAAAUAUUGAAACUCUCUAUAAUGAAUUGAAUAGAGCGGAUAUUGAAUUGAAGGGAUACACAAAAAUGUUACAGAACGAAGAAAUAAGCAUAGACUUAAGAUCCAAAUAUUUGCAUGAAUUAGUAGAUGAUCUCGUUGAUAACGAACACUUACUCGAAGAAAAACUUAGGAUGUUACGUAGGACUUAA